AUGGCAGUGACCAGUUGCCGGUCAGCGGCAAUUUUACUGGCAGCGUUAGCCGCUCUCUACGCAGACGCGAGACCCAGCAACGAUGAUGAAUUCGGCUCGAUGCCAUAUCGGCCCACCUUGAGAUUCCGUCAUAAGGAUGGAAUCCCUGAGAGCUCAAAGACGAGGGGUUUGAUGGUCCACCAUGGUAACCCGCAUCCAUGCGAACAAAAGUACUGCGGUCUGGGCCGUCGCUGCACGCUCAACCCGCAGACAGGCCAAGGGCAGUGUAACUGCUUGGACCGCUGCAAGCCUCACUACAAGCCCGUGUGCGGCUCUGAUGGAAAAUUGUACCCAAACCACUGCGAACUGCACCGCGCUUCGUGCUCCGAACGUCAUAAGAUUACCAUCGUUCACAGCGAAGAGUGUUUCUACAAAGGUGAUAGCUGCAGACUGAGCGACUAUCGGCGUCUCAAGACCAAAGUCUUGGAGGCAUAUGACAAAAGACACAUGGUAACAAAGAGGAUUCACGAGGACAACAUGGGCGCCAGGAAACAGUUGGUCGACGCCAUGUUCCGAAAUUUCGAUGCGGAUGGCAAUGGACAAAUAUCAACAAGCGAGCUUUCAAAGGUAUCCAAGCACCAGGGUCUGUCUAAGGAUGUCGGCGAGUGUUCAGUGUUGGAUCUGCUCAAAUAUAAUGACCUCGACGAUGACCAGCGCCUUACCAAGGAAGAAUUCUACACUGCCUUCGAUGUGUACCAGCUGGAUCUCCAGGACAACCAGAGAGUGACAAUGAAGACUGUGACCGUGGGUCAGAGCGCCGUGCUGAUCUGCGCCAUUACCGGUCAGCGCCGCCCGCCCAUCCUGUGGAAGAGGAACAGUCAGUAUCUCAAUGCCUUGAACCUGGAUGACAUAAACGACUUUGGUGACGACGGCUCCUUGUACUUCACCAAGGUGACCACAAGCCACAUGGGCAAUUAUACCUGCCACGCCGACGGCUACGAGAAGCUCUUCCAGACGCACAUUCUCCUGGUGGACGUUCCGCCCGUCAUCCGGGUGUACCCGGAGAGCCAAGCCAGGGAGCCCGGUGUCACUGCCAGCCUCCGAUGCCAUGCCGAUGGCAUUCCUCGUCCGCAGCUGACCUGGCUCAAGAACGGCAUGGACAUUACACCCAAGCUAUCCAAACAACUCACGCUGCAAGCUAAUGGCAGUGAGGUGCACAUCAGCAACGUGCGCUUCGAGGACACCGGCGCUUAUACCUGCAUUGCCAGAAACCAGGCGGGUGUGGACGAGGAUAUCUCUUCACUCUUUGUGGAGGACUCUGCCCGCAAAACCCUGGCUAACAUUCUGUGGCGGGAUGAAGGUUUCGGUAUCGGAAACAUGUUCUACGUGUUCUACCAGGACGGCAUUAAGGUUAUCCAGCCUGUGGCGUGUGAGAUACAGAGGCACAUCAAGCCUAGUGAGAAACUGCUGGCUCUGAAGGAGGAAGUGUGUCCCCCUACCGAAGAUGAUGAGGUGCAGAAAUGCGUGUGGUCGGCGGCGGUCAACGUCAAGGACAAAUUCAUUUACGCCGCACAACCCACUUUGGAUCGCGUGCUCAUUGUGGAUGUCCAGUCCCAGAAGGCAGUCCAGACGGUCAGUACCGACCCGUAUCCCGUCAAGCUGCACUAUGACAAAUCUCGAGACAAGGUGUGGAUUCUCAGCUGGGGAGACAGGCAGAAGAGUUUCCCGACACUGCAGGUGAUAAGUGAGGCGAGUGUGAAGCUGUCCCACCACACGGUGCACACACAGCCAGUGGGUGGGCGCUUCGACAAGGCCGACGACUUCUUCAUCCCCUCGGUCAGCCUCAUUGUAGACAGCGUGAGAUUUGGCCUCAUCUUUCACCAAAAUGAGCCUGUCCUGCACAAGAUUGACUUGGAGACCAUGGCCUACGUGAAAAACAUCAGCCUGCGGGACUUUAACUGCAUCCCCAAGUCGGCCGCCUACACUCACCUGGGCGGUUACUACUUUGUCAACUGCCGCCCGGACUCCACCGGGGCCACACAGCCUCAGGUUAUCGUGGACAGCGUGACAGACGGCGUGGUCGGGCAGAACCGUGACGUCACCGGAACGCCCUACGUUUCCCCGAACGGUCGCUACCUCGUCACCGUGGAUGACGGCGACGGCCUGAUGAGGAUUCAGACCAUCUCGGAACGGGGAGAGAUCGGGGAGCCUUUCGACAUCCACACUAACUUGCACAUCUCCGACUUGGCUUUCCAGCGCUCCUUCACGGAGGCCCACCAGUACAACGUGUUCGGUAGCUCGGGCCGGCAGACCGACGUGCUCUUUGUGGAGCUGCACAGCGGCAAAGUCAAGAUGAUCAAGAGCUUGAAAGAGGCAAUCAAGGCGUACGAGUGGCCGUGGAGUGCCAAGAACCGGGUUGUCGUGGGAGGCGGGACAUUUGGUCAAUACCUCAUGACCCCUUCCCGAGAGUCCCUGUUCAUCUUGGACGGGCGGCUCAAUAAGCUCAACUGCGAGAUCACCGACGUUGUCAAAGGCAACGUGUUGGCCUGGGUCGGGGAAUCCUAG